UCUCAUCGCUAGAAAAAGCGGGAAACUCAUUGUUGUUUACGUUUCUUAAUUAAUCAAUUCACUGCAAUACAAUGAGCAAGAAAGCAACACGAGCGACUAAGCCCAAGCCGGAUCCGGAUACGGUGGCCACCAACAAGAAAUCCAUAGCCACGGCGAUGAAGAAAGUGCUCUUUGUGUCGCAGAAAUUGCUUCCAAAAGAUGCGGACAAUCGGAGACUUCAGCUGGAAAGGUUUUUUCAUCCGGGACAGGGAAAGGACGCUCUGUUUGUCACCCAUCCCGAUGGGCAGAUCAUGGAGUUGCUGGAGUAUGCAGAACCCCGCCGUAGUUGGCUCGUCAACAGCGAGGUGUGCUCUAAUGGCCGGAUCUACAUGACCACUCCGCUGGAUCCCACGCUGCUUGGAAUUCAUCACCUCCGGAAGCAUUGUGCACAAAGAGCAAUGUCGCUGGACAACAUUGCGGUGGAGGAGGCCAGCACAAGUCGCCUGCUAACUGAGUUCCUUAGUCCGAACAGCCUCAAGUGCGUUGCAGAUGUAAAGACAUCCGGAGAGCAGAGUUUCUACAAGUACAACCAAGAGCGCACUCUGGCCUGGCUCGCCCUGAAGACGCGCCAGGUGGCUGGCAUCCUCAAGGAGAAGCAGGUCCACUGCGGCCACAGUGCCCAGUCGCAGAAUUUCGUACGCAGCGACAAACUGGCGGCAGAGAAUGCGACCAGUGAAAUGGAUUACACGCGCAUGGCCAGCGAUAUUGUGGGUCGGUAUCUGGACGGCGACUUGCACGAACUCCUCACAGAAUAUCUGCACAUUCCGAGUGAGAUUCAGGCAAUUGUAGAGGAAAAGACUGCUGCCCAGAAGCGGAAAUCAAAGGCGGGAAAAGACGAAGGCAGCGAUUCAAAGAAGAUCAAAUUGAAUGAUAGCGACAUCGGCGCUAAGCUGAAAAGCAGCGGUCUCCUGGACAGCGAUGGGGAUCACAAUUCAAGCGUUACGUCGCCAACAGCCACUCCCACGCCGCUAAAGGAACGCUCGCUGACCGCCAAGGAGAAAGCCCUGGCAAAGGGAGCCAAGGGCACUAAGAGCAUUGCUUCCUUCUUUAAAAUCAACACCAGCAGCAGGAGCAACAAUACAAAUGCACAGAAGCAUGCAACGGUAAACUGUCAAGGACAAAACAAGACGCCGUUCUGUGUGUGUGAGAGCAAGUGCAACAAUAAAAACAACACCAUGUGGCACAAAUAACGGGGCAGCAAAGUAGCAAAAACAAAAAAAUAGAUAGGAAAACAAAACAAAAGGCAGGAACAAAUCACGCACGAGGCUGAAGGAAAACGGAGGCUGCAAAAAAGGAAGGAAAAAUAGCGAAAAGGAGAGGGCAGCCAGCAAGACCCCCAACCCCCACUCCCUCUGGACAUUUGGCGCCAGCACGGGCAGAGCCAGCGACU